CACGGCUUCAUCAUCAUCAUCAUCGCCGACAGCGCAUUACACACGGAGCUCAGAGCCGCUCAUGAUGCGCAGGAUUCGGGCCAACGCCAUCCUCAUCCUCACCGUGGCCUGGAUCCUCGGCACCUUCUAUUACCUGUGGCAGGACAGCAAACCUUCCUCCUCCUCCUCCUCCUCCUCCUCGGGCUCCCAGCUGAAGAACCACGGGAGGCUGGAGGAGCGCACUCUUCCUCUGAUCGUAACUCAUGCACCAAAGCUGGAGCAGCAGGGUCAGCUCUUUGGCCAGUUUGAUGAAAAGACUUUUCUAUCCAGUAAGCAGCUGAAAGCAGGUGAGGAUCCGUACAGAGAGCAUGCGUUCAACCUGCAGGAGAGCGACCGGCUCGGCAGCGAUCGCACCAUCAGAGACACACGCCACUAUCGAUGUGCCUCCAUGACCUUUGACCUUGACCUGCCACCCACCAGCAUCAUCAUCACUUUUCACAAUGAGGCGCGCUCCACCCUGCUGCGCACUAUUAAAAGUGUACUGAUGAGAAGUCCUCCUCACUUGAUACAGGAAAUUAUUCUUGUGGACGACUUCAGCUCUGACCCUGAAGACUGUCGACUUCUCUCUCAGAUCCCAAAGGUGCGCUGUCUGAGAAAUGAGCGCCGAGAAGGUCUGAUCCGGUCUCGUGUCAGAGGGGCGUCUGCGGCCUCGGCCUCCAUCCUCACCUUCCUGGACAGUCACUGUGAGGUCAACACAGACUGGCUGCAGCCCAUGAUCCUGAGAGUCAAAGAGGAUCAUACGCGUGUGGUCAGUCCCAUCAUUGAUGUGAUCAGUCUGGAUAAUUUCGCCUACCUGGCCGCUUCUGCUGACCUGAGAGGAGGUUUCGACUGGAGUUUACACUUCAAAUGGGAGCAGAUUCCUAUAGAACAGAAAAUGGCAAGAAACGACCCAACACAACCAAUCAGGACUCCUGUGAUUGCUGGAGGAAUCUUUGUCAUGGAUAAAGGCUGGUUUAAUCACCUGGGCCAGUAUGAUACUCACAUGGACAUCUGGGGUGGUGAGAACUUUGAGCUGUCGUUCAGAGUGUGGAUGUGUGGCGGCAGUCUUGAGAUCCUGCCCUGCAGUCGCGUGGGCCACGUCUUCCGGAAACGCCAUCCUUAUGACUUCCCAGAGGGCAACGCACUCACCUACAUCAAGAACUCGCGGAGAGCUGCUGAGGUCUGGAUGGAUGAGUAUAAACAGUAUUACUACGCCGCAAGACCAUCAGCGCAGGGCAAGGCCUUCGGGAGGUCAGACGUCUCUAAAACCUUAUGUAGAUCUGGUUAUGGUGACCUUCAGUACUUCAGUACAUCACUUUCUUUCUUCAAUGGAACACAAAAGGAGAUGUUUAGAAGAAUGCUCAUACAGCUGCAUACACUCUUUAAAAUAAAGGUGAUUAAAAGGUUCUUCACAGCGAUGCCAUAUAAGAACCAUUGGUCCCAGUUUAUAUUAAGUGGCCUUAACUCAUAGGCGGAGCA